AGUUACCGUUCUACAUUUUCAUACCAGCGUGGAUCAUUUACAAUCGGAUAGGGCUACCACACACGGAAUCUCAGUUUGAUGUAGAAAACACCAUUAAGAUCACGUAUUGGCACAUAUGAACUUGUUCAUCUGCAUAUUUUAAACGGAAUGUGCCACUAAUUACAUAUUAGCUGCAAGCAAAUUGAAUUUGCAAUUACUUACUCUCACAAUCCAUCCUACUGGAAGUUAAAUUCCAAAAAUUAAAAUCAAAUGGCCGAAUUCAGAUGUGCUAACAUGUAUCCUCCUAACCUUUUUGUAUUUAUUUUGUUCCUGAAAUAUGCUAUGACUAUGAAUGCUGACUACUGGGGAGAGGAAUUCACAAAAUCUUAUGUCGUACAGGAUAUAUCCAUACAGCAUCAUCGAUUAGGAAGGCUAUAUUUGCGCGGCUUUCCAAGAGGUUCUUGGGGCACCAAACUGUUUCCACUAGGUGCAUCUAUUAUCGAGGAUGGCUCAAGAAACUAUUCCCUUGUUCACAUCUUGGAAAGUGCCUACGACGAAAAUGAAUCCGUCGGGAGGUCCUACGCAAAUUUCAGAGAAAAAAUAAAGAAUUUAUUCUGCGCUGGAUGGGUUUGCUGUGUACCACGUGCGACAAAUAUACAUUGUGAACAAGAGCCACCAGCCGCUAAAUCAGUCAGGCAAACACUGAUCGAUCCUGUGCAGGGCAUGCCUACCAUUUUCCUGUACCUGUGGUGCACAAAGGCCUGGGAGAGCUACCAUACAAAAACAAACUCAGAUACAACUGCACUCUUGGCCAAAAUUCAGGCUACCUGCCCAAACACGUGCAUUGGAAAUCCCUGUAGACGUCUGGAGAACACAAAAAACACCGAGUAUUGUGAAGUAACCGGACCUUUUGAGAACGAGUAUAAAUGCGAUUGCAAUGAGAAUUCCGAGUGGGAUUCCGAUAAACUGCUUUGCCGACCCACGGCUAUUUGCAAUAACGAACAGAUUCGUCCUUGUCACCCGGAGAACACAAUACGCUGUGUUACCGUUGACGACUAUGAGGUGAAAUGCAUCUGCAAAGCGGAAUUUAUGGGUGCAGAUUGUUCACUCCCGCGGGAUGCCUGCACAGAGAGACUAAAUAAAUCACAGGCCACAGGGAAUCAAAACUGUCGAGUGAGUUUCGGGAACCUGUGCACUGGAAAACUCGGAACGGAUCAAUACAAUUGUACCUGCAAGUACGGUUACGAGCCACUGUUGACUAUGUCAGAAGAUAAUUGUCUGGCGCGCCGAGACCCAUGUCAAACAUAUUUUGGCAUUGAAUCAUUGAAUAAACACUCCAUAGAUUUGGACAGAGUAUUCGACUUGGAGAAUGAAACCGAGAUGACUUAUGAGCUACUAGCAACGAAGCAACGGUCCGCACUCAUCACACACAGGGGACUUAUGUGCCUCAACGGAGGUCUGUGUGUUACGUCCGCCGAUUUUACCCGGGCUACUUGCGUCUGUCCAACAUCGGCAGACGGAUCACCACUCUAUCUGGGGUCAAACUGUGAGAUACCAGUGGGCACUUGGUCCGCCUGGUCAUCCAUGUCCUCAUGCAUUCCACGGGAUUGCGGACACACACGUUAUCGAUGGCGUCGUCGUCGUUGCUUAAAUGUAACCACCUCUGAGGAACUGGUUGAUGCUGGAAGCAGAGUCAAAGAGGAAAUAAUUAGAGUACAAGCCAGCUACUCACCACCAGUUAGGUGUUUUGGCACAUCAGAAGAAGUUUAUCCAACAUCCCCUGCCUUGAAUUAGCCGUGUUGAAGAACCGGUUGUCCCUGCACAUCCACAAUUUUCUGGAGUCAAUGACAUUCGAUAGAAUGCUCUUCAGGCAACAUACGGUGGUCUGGCAGAAUUACCGGCCGUUUUCUAUCUGCGCAGUUCAGAACAGAACUAAGUUCUAUCAAAAUGGAGGCCGGGGGUCAUCAUUCUUAUUCACAAGUACCGUCCGAUAACGCCGUUUUCUGUGGUUUCCAGUUAUUGAAUGAGUCAUCGCAGACACACGGAUGCAGUACCGGAGAAACCACAGCAUCUUUGCUCCAGAGCAACAUGGUUUCUGCCAAAAGCACUCACAUACUACUGACCUACUAAUUGCAUGUACUAUUUGCGCUGAAAUAGUUGAUGGUGGAGCAGGAGUCAAUCUCAUCUACCUGGACUUCUCCCAAGUGUCCGAUCGCUUAAACCAAGAAAUUCUCCUCUACAACCUUUGAAACUACGGCAAGCUUGGUUUGGAUUACUGAUUUCCGGCCGGAGGUGAGAGUCUAUGAAUCGCUGUCCGAUACACUUGAGAUGGAACGCAGUGUGCCACACGGCCAUGUAUCAGUACUUCACAUAAGCUUGGUUUGCAUAAACAAUCUACUAAUGUCACUUGUCCCCGAUUUCUUAUUCUCCGAAGAUAAUAUUAACAUAUGUGGAGAGAACAGAGGACCGGAAGAACACGAAGGGCUCCAGCGCGAUGUUGACGCGAUUGAGUAGGGGUAAGUUCCUAAUAUCGUACUAUUUAGUGUAGAAAAAAUUGAGUUGUGCGACUACGCCAUAGCCGUGCUUAUGCUUACAGACUUGAGGCACAUAGUUAGCAUAUCAGUUCCCGAGGAAAUCGACAUUGGUUUUCUCAUACAGAUGGACCUCAACUGCUUAAGACAAGCAGAGGCAACUGCGGAAGGAGUCAACCAGCACGUCCUCACGUCGCGAAGUGUAUCAGGAUGAUUUGACUCGUCAUGCUUUCUGACAAUUCACAAGUUCAACGUGCAUCCUCACAUUGGGUGCGCUAUUCAGAUUUAGCAGUCUUGGAUGAAGCACGACUUUGAGGUACUAGAAACAUUAAAAAACACGGUAACAAAGAAAAUCAAUGGUCUACGCAAGCAUUUUUACCAGCAACGGCUUGAGUUACUGGGGGUUUUCAGCGGGCGUUACCGACCGCUACGAUAUAAUAUAUUGCCAUACCAAAUAUUGAGUGACCCCUAUUACGUAUGUCGCCAUGUGCUGAAACUCAGCCUCAACACUAAACUCAGAGGGGACUGCUUGAAACUGUGUGAAAAAUACGGUGUCUAGGAGGCUGACAGCAAUAAUUUUCUCUUCGCGUUUGCUAACGCUACAAUGCUCACACAAACUCAGCUUUGUACUCGCACAACUGGAAAAUUUCCAAAAACGAUUAGCUGUUACCCUUCGCUUCCAUCACUUCGGUUCCUAAGCUGCAGUAUUUUAGAAUACAUUAUUUAU